GGGCCAUUUGCUAAUUUACCCUUCUCUGUAUCGUUCCAAUUUUAACGGACGUCCCGAAGGACGAGCUUUGCAUUGUGGUGCGCUCUUGAUGGUAUUAUUGACUCUGGUGGUUGGCGCUGUGCCAAUGGUCACUGUUUCUAAAGUCGACAGUCUGAUCGCUGCCUCUUAAUUUGUCACAGUUGCAUGGAGGAAGGUGACGAAGGUGGAGGGAAGUCCAUGAACGGCAUGAUGAAUCUUAUGACUGAACUGGUAAUGGGGAUUAGUCGAGACGAUGUGGAGAGGGCGAAAGCCACACGGAUGUUCCACCCAGCUGAGCAUCCAACGGCUGGGAUUGUUCAUGGAACCUCCCUUGCUUCGAUUCAUGCUUCCUCUCAGCCAUCCCCACUCUCUGGCGUGUCCUUGGUUGGGGGAGGGGAGUUUAUGGUGCCCACCUCACAGAUGAGAGCUGUCGAUCGUGCAGAAAACCCAACUGCUGCAGAUGCCGAUCACCAGCAAGCCAUAGAAAAUCCCAUCUCUGGUGAGUCCUUGGUCGGGGAAGGAGAUUUUAUAGUGGACACGUCACAGGGAAGAAGAGAUGCUGAUCAUCUGGCAAACGAGCAUGUGGAGGCUGAUCAGCAUCAUGCCAUAGACAUUCCCAUCUCUGAUGUGUCCUCGGUCGGAGGUGGGGAGUUCAUGCUGCAUACUUCACAGGUUAGAGCUGCUGAUCGUGCAGCAAACGAGGCCGCUGUAGAGACUGAUCGGCACCUGGCCUCAGACAUUCCCCUCUCUGGCAUGCUCUUGGCCAGGAGAGGGGAGUUUAUGCUGCACUGUUCAGAGAUGAGAGUUGCCGAUCGUGUGGCAAACGAGGCCACUGUAGAGGCUGAUUGCCACCAAGACUCUGAAAUUCCCCUCUCUGGCAUGUCCUUGGUCGGGAGAGGGGAGUUUAUGCUGCACUCUUCAGAGAGGAGAGCUGCCGAAAGUGCAGCAAACAAGGCUGAUGUAGAGCACCGAGCCGCAGAAAUUUCCCUCUCUGGCAUGUCCUCGGUCAGUGGAGGGAAGUUUAUGCUGCACUCUUCAGAGGUGAGAGCAGCCAAUUGUGCGGCAAACAAGGCUGUUGCAGAGGUUGCUCGGUGCCAAGCCUCAGAAAUCCCCCAUGAUUCAGAGGAGGGCCUGGAUGACUUUCCUGCAGUUGACCAUCAUGUUCAGGAGCAGUGUGAUGGUCACAAAAAUGGCAACGUUUGGCUUCCGGAGGGCGAUCGGGCUCAGAACUGCCUAGGGUUUGUGGAUUCCUUGCCACAACAAGGUACAAGGCAAGCCUGGCCGGAGGCUGGGGGAAAAUGCAACCCGGAUGCGACAGGCAUGGAUCAGUCCUUGUCCGAUCAUCAACACACAGAGGCUUCCUCGUCGACUGGAGACAGCGGUGACAUCAGUCUCUCUCCCCAACAACAGCACAUGCCUUUUGUGCUUCCGCCAGUCCACGAGGGCGUUUCACUGAGUGUCAGAGACAUGGGUGAUGUGUUGAGGGUUGGGAUGGAGUUUGAGACACUGGCAGAGCUCCGUGAUGCCGUCGUGUCUGUGGCUUGUCAGUACCACUUCGAGAUGAUGGUUAGGAAGUCGGAGACGCGGCGUUACACCGUCGUUUGCAGGGCGAAGGACUGCACCUGGCGGUUGCAUGCUGCGCCCAUUCGAGGCGGGCCCAGGUUCAGCAUCCGUGUGCUUCAGCCCCACUCGUGCAGCGGCGUGAUGGACCACCUGGGGAACAAACAUGCCACAUGCCGGUGGGUGGCAACGCGCAUCGCUGCACAAUUGCGGGAUCAUCCAACAUACCGCCCCGUAGACAUCAUGUCCGACUUGCAGCGCACCACUGGUGUGAGGGUGGGAUAUCACACUGCGUGGCGUGGGAAGGAGUUUGCAGCUACCAGCAGUUCGGGUUCUGCAGAGGAAGAAUUUAGCUUGUUGGACGCGUACUCGCGGGUCUUGUGGAAGACUGACCCGGGAAGCGUCUGCUUCAUGGAGAGAAACAAUACGACGCAAAGAAUCAAGAGAUUCUUCGUGGCAUACAAGGCAUCACUCAACGGUUUUGCGCACUGCAGGCCUCUGCUUUUGCUUAAUCGAACGCACCUGAAGGCCAAGUACCCUGGCAUCCUCCUCACCGCAAUCGCCAUCGAUGCUCAGGAUGAAUCCUUCCCAAUUGCUUUCGGGGUUGUAGACUGUGAAAGCAUGGAGACCUGGGAGUGGUUCCUGUUGCAUCUCAGGUACUCUUGCAUGCAGCCAGCCUUGGGGAGCCGCUCCCUCACGAUUGUCUCAGACCACGACAAGGGCCUCGUGGCGAGUAUGGAGGCAGUGUUGCCAGAUGCACAUCAUGCUUAUUGUGUCCGCCAUUUGUAUGCAAGCUUGGCACGCCACCACAAGCACAAAGAUUUGCAGCAGUUGGUGUGGGCAGCUGCACAGGCAAUGACAGAGACAGCAUAUGAGGAGGCAUUACAGGCGAUGGGGGUCAUUGACACGGGUGCGGUGGAGUGGAUCAGGCAGAAGUGCCCGAAGGAGCAGUGGGUCACGGCAUUCUUCCCAGGCGAGCGGUACGGCCACUUCACUGCCGAUUUCUGUGAGGCCAUGAGUGCAUGUCUGCUGGUUGCAAGGAAGAUGCCCACUGUGCGGAUGUUGGAGAGCAUUCACAUGAAGCUUAACAGCUGGUUUUUGGCCCGUCAUGCGGAGGGCAUGCGCAUGGCUGGCAAAAUUGUCCCCAAGAAGGCAAACCUGCUGCAGUGUGAGGCGGCGAAUGAAGGGAACAUGGUGGCUAUUGAGCACACGUGCACGACACACACAGUGUCGAGUGCAUCCUCGACACAUACUGUCGACAUUGCCAGUCGCACAUGCUCAUGCAUGAAGUGGCAGAAGAUGGGUGUCCCUUGCCUGCAUGCUGCUUGUGUCCUUUUAAAGAGGUGUUUACGACCCGAGGACUACUGCAGCGAGUAUUUCACUGCCGAGGCAUACCGGUCCACGUACGCGGGUACAGUCAGGCCUUUACCUUCGUCAGAGUGGCCGGGAGCUGUCACAGCCGACGGUGCAGCCUCCUUCGCCAUUAUACCUCCCACGAUUCAGAAACCGAAGGUCCAAAGCCCCAAACAUUGCGUUCAUGGGUCAGUAGAAGGACGCACAGUCCGGGCCGUGCAUUGCAGUCGAUGUUCCAAGGAGGGCCACACAAGGCGGACUUGUAACAAGCCCGACACAGGGCAGUACGUCUCAGUGUCAAUAGUGUCCGGUUGUGAUGAUGGGCGAGUUCUGGGAAGGGUUAUCAAGGCAUUUGCAGCGGCAGGAGAUGUAGAUGACGGACAGACAUCAGCAAUGGGGCUACACAGGUCAGGAAGCAGCAUGUCUGUUCCACAGGGUGCAGGGAUGCAUGUGGUCAUUCCUGGCCACAAUGCAGAAGCACAGGCACAAAACAAUGGCCACGGGAUGAGCGAGAGCACUAUCGCACCAGCUCCCACGUAGAGACUGGCUUUGUAUGCAAUGAGGCAGUUGUACAGACUUCGUUAUAGGCAGACGCCGCAUUGACAGGCCAGAGAGCAGAGGCAAGUGUCGGGAUUGGCGGCAGUCCAGCCUGCUGAUAGGUAAAAGGAUGUGCAAGAGGCGGACAUAGACUGGGGUGUGCUCAUUUUAAAAGGGGUGGGGGCAUGGUAGCUUUGUAUCAUUUGGAGUACAGUGGGCUUGGGAGUGGGCAGUGGAAGACCUCUGACAACUGGCACAUGGAGGGUGGAGGUCCGUGUUUCAAGACGGGCAGGAUAGAGGAAUUUCGCCAGCAUCCCGAACACGCAGGAACCCGAACGGGCCCACCAAAAGAGGCGCGUGCUCAAGGUCCUCGACUACCAUGACAGCCACCCGUGAUUGAUAAGGCAUAGUGGCUGUUUCACACACACACACACACACACACACACACAAAGAGAGAGAGAGAGAGAGAGAGAGAGAGAGAGAGAGAGAGAGAGAGAGAGAGAGAGAGAGAGAGAGAGAGAGAGAGAGAGAGAGAGAGAAAGAAGAAGAAGAAGGAGAGAGAGAGAGAGAGAGAGAGAGAGAGAGAGAGAGCUUAGCAUGGGGUCCCUUGCUUCAAGGUUUUCUUUCUUCCUGUAUGCAUGACAUUUUCUGAUGUCAUUGUUUGUAGUAUUUUUCCCUCUCCACGCUUGUAGUUGUCUUUCUGUAGAAAGAAGCCUACAGGUGGUGUUUUCCCAUGUUCGUAGUGUGCGCUGUACACCGUCAUUGCAGUCCGGUUCCACGGAUGUAGUGGUGCCAGUUCGGAUAUAACGUUGGACUCCACUUCUGAUGUGGAGAGAGAGAGAGAGAGAGAAUGGCGUUCAUCAUUGUGUUGAACGUAUUCCCAUAUUUCCAUUUUGGCAAGAUGAGGCUUCACCGUUGGGUUCCACAUAUGAUGUGGAGAGCGAAAGCGCACGUGCGCGCGCGCGCGCGCGCGCGCGAGAGAGAGAGAGAGAGAGAGAGAGAGAGAGAGAGAGAGAGAGAGAGAGAGGAGAGGUGAUGGUUGAGAACGGCGUUCAUCAUUUUGUUGAACGUGUUCCCAUAUUUCCAUUUUGGCA